AUGGCCGAUAAGCAGGGAGAAUUUUUGCGGGCUCGCAAGGUAGUGGUGGUGGGGGCGGGUCCUGUGGGAUGUUUGUCGGCGCUCUCAUUCGCAAAACAAGGGUGGGAAGUCGAAGUCUUUGAGGCUCGGCCGGAUAUGCGAGAACUAGAGGCCAAGGCCAACCUCUCUUUGCGAUCAAUAAAUCUCGCCAUUUCAUCACGCGGCAUCUCUGCCUUAUGCGUAGUCGACCCCGCCAUUGCCGAGCGAUUUAUGAAAAAUGUGAUUCCUAUGCAUGGGCGCAUGAUCCAUGACAAUCUUGGCCAGUGUCAUAGUCAACUAUAUGAUCGUGAUGGCCAGGCCAUCAAUUCUAUCGACCGCGGGCUCUUGAACAUAGGACUCUUGGAUGAACUUUCCAGCUAUCAAAAUAUCCGUCUUCAUUUCCGAACCAAGCUCUCGACGGUAGACUUCAACUCACGGAUUGCCACUUUUUCUGCCGGCAAAAAUCCCUUCGAUGUUCAGUUUGACCUUUGCAUUGGUGCAGACGGGAGCUACUCGAACGUGCGUCGACAAAUGAUGCGGGUAGUCAGAAUGGAUUAUCAACAGGAGUAUCUCCCGCAUGAUUAUAUUGAAUUAUCAAUACCUCCUGGUCGUGGGACUAACGGUAAACCUACGUUUCUCUUGGACCCCAACCAUCUUCACAUAUGGCCUCGGCAUUCGUUCAUGUUGAUUGCAUUACCCAACAAAGAUCGAAGUUUCACAUGCACCCUGUUUGCGCCCACAAAAGAUCUCGAUACGCUGGAUACAACCGAUAAAUUUGUUGCAUGGUUUGAGGUUCAUUUUAGAGAUGCCCUGGCUCACAUCGGGCGCGAUCGCCUCGUAGCCAGCUUCGAAAGGAACCCCCGUAACUCUCUUAUAUGCGUCAAAGCAAACCCUUACCAUUACAAGGACAGAGCGAUUAUCAUUGGAGACGCUGCCCAUGCCAUGACACCAUUCUAUGGGCAAGGGCUUAAUUGCGGCCUAGAGGAUGUCCGCGUUCUUAUGAAUACACUGUUAUCUUUCGGGGUAUCUUCGACUGUAUCGGCGACGGAAGCGCCAAGCGAAGAUAAACAACUUUCACAGGCACUCGCAUACUAUUCCGAGCACAGACACCAAGAUUUGGUCGCCAUAUGCGACCUUGCGAUGGGCAACUAUGUCGAAAUGAGGCACUCGGUCACUACACCGAUCUAUCGGCUUCGAAAAUGGAUUGAUGGGGUCUUGGCUGGUUUUACGCCGUCUGUGCCAUGGCAGGGCUUGAUUCCGGCCUUGGCCCAGACAACCUUUCCUGUAGGCGCCGCAAGGGGGUGGAUAUCCCUAUAUACCAUGGUGACCUUCCGACCGGAUAUCAGCUAUGCGACUGCGCAGCGGAAGGCCCGGGAACAGGCUGAAAUGGUGACUCGAAUUGGGAUUUUCAUAAUUGCUUUAUUGGUUCUUUUCCUUGCUUUCUUAGCUAAAUACUUGCUGGAUUUGUAG